AACAAGGCAGAACUGCCUGUCAUGGCGCCUGUAAUCUCAGCUAGAAACGUGUGUACGUCCUGCCUUGCACGCGUAAACAUUUGCCUGGAAUUGAUGAGAGUCGACUGAAAGGCAAAAGCUGAUUUUACUCUUGAGUGGGACUUCCAGCUCGUCCUCGUGUCUCACCGCAGGGCACGGCUGGCCCGAGGGGGCGAAGUCCAGGCGCCAUGAGGGGCUCGCUGCUGUUCCGAUGUGCGGGGGCGCUGUGCAUACUGUUACUGAGUCUUCGCACAGAUGGGGAAACGGAGAACAAAAUCAACGACGAUUGUACGAUAGCCUGGGGGGACCUAGAGCCCGAUGUAGAAUACAAAACAGUAGAGUUCGAGACCAGCACGAGCUGGAUUUCGCCACUCAUUGAAAUUGCCCGGUUUUAUAUCGACAUUACUUUGGACGAAAUACUACCCCCAGAUGAUAUCGCCAACGCUCUAGGAGGACAAGGAAGCGUCUUUGAUGCCAUAACUACGAGCCUUCUAGGCAUGGUUGGCUACGUCCUCACCAUUAUCUUGUCAAUCAUUUUCUUCGUCUUCGUCUUCCCUUUCUUAGCCGUAUGCUUGUGGCUUUGUUACGGCAGCAAGAAGAAAAAACAAGAGGCAAAUAAAGGUGGUAAAGGGCAAAACAAAAAGAAGAAACCAGGAGGAAAAGGACGGCCUGGACCGGUCUGUUUAGCUACAGUCGUCGCAGUUUUCUCAGUCUUCAUUAUUCUCUGGACUAUUUUUGGCCUGAACUACACCUGGUUAGUGGCCUGGAACGUUCCCAAACUCCACAUCGCUAUUGACUACAGCGUAGACGACAUCAACACCUUCGUGCUAAACCUUAAGAAUAAGUCAGUGCGUCUGCUGGACACGAACUUCUUUUUUAUGUCUGAAGUCACCAAUGAGAGUGUGGUAGGCAUGGCGGGCAACUUUACGGAGAAUUUUUACAACCACACGGCCGCACUGUUCAACAUGGACCGGGUCCUAAGAGACAUCAAGGGAUACAAAGAGAGUUCGUUGAUACUGACAUCGGAGAUUGUCAACGCCAGCAAGAAUCUGGCCAUACAGCGAGACGAGACCACAGCCGCCAUGAAGGCGAAAAGUUGCGCGGGUUGUCUUGACCAAAGCAUACAGGAGCUUGAUCAGCUCGACUUUGAUGCUAUUCCUGUCUUCUGUGACGAUUUCAAUAAAAAGGCAUCUGUUGAUGUUAACCAGACGGUGAAGGAGCACUUUUGGAACAUUUCAAGUCCGAUAAUCGAAGCGUCUACAUUAAGCAUCCAAGUCGUGACGCUGCUGGAAAUGGUCCACAACGAUUCGCUGCUGCCGAUAAUCUCCUACAUGACCGACCUGCAGGAGAAAGUCAGAAAGCAAUCUCGGGAAUUCAAAGACAAGGCAGGUGAUUAUAUUGAGUCUGCACACAGACUCCUCAUCACCUGGAGUAUAAUAAUCACCCUGAUGCUGAUCAUUCCCUUUGUGAUCGCUGUGCUGAUGCUGGUGGGGGCGAUGAAUGUCAGGAAGGGGGAAAAUUCUGACAACACAUUCGCCGGGCGGAAGGUCGUCUACGACUGCGCAAAGACCUUGUUCAUCGUCUCUCUAGCUCUCAUCUUCGCGUUGGCAUCAAUACUGUCGGUGAUUUCCACACUUCUAUACAUCUUUGGCGCCCCGGCUGAGCGGUAUGUCUGCCAGAAGCUACAUGAUCCCGACAAGCUGGAAGAGCAAUAUGCGAAAAUUGUGAAGAGAGCGAUGGGGUUUGAUAUUACAAAGAUCGAUUACAACGUAGCUGGUAAUAAAGGAUCGUUCUCCCUUUCUCACUUCUUGAAAACCUGCCGUGCAGAUGAGACGAUAUACACUGCCAUAAACUUGAAGCCAGUUACAGAAGCUGCUCUUGACCAACUCAGUACCUUCAGAAAUGACGACCUAAAAAAAGCCGUCGACAUCAAGCCCAGGGACAUAGUCUCGGCCAUGACCAUGAUGGACUUUGAUGUGAGGUCAGAGGUUGACAGUCUGCAGUCGACCUUAGUGGUAGCCCAGAAGUUGGAAAGUGACACCUUAAAAAUACUGCAAGCUGCCAGGAAGGCAAAGAGAACAGCGCUUGCAAAUAAUUUGACUGAUUUGAUUGACGAUCAUCUUGAUUCAUUUCUGAACGCAUCAGAAGCUUUAGAUAAGCAAGCUCUACGACUGAUUGAGUUGGCGGACCGUCUACAUGCGAACUCCAAGCUUCUUGCGGGUCUCCUGAUGGCUUUAGAGGCGUGGCUGGAGGACACGAGAACAACGACUUAUGUAAUAACCAAAGAGCUUCGAAAAUUGUCUAAUCUUGCCCUCGGUCACGUGGACUCCUAUGUUGAAGAUCUAACCACGAAGCUUGAACACGAGACGGGUAAAUGCUACCCUUUAUAUACCUCAUACAAGGCCAUGGGAACUGAAGGUUCUUGUCUGGGUUUAUUGGACCCUAUGAACGGUGUGUGGCUGGCGCUGGGAUGGAUCUUACUCUUCUUCUUCAUUCUCAUCUUCCUACUCGUCCUAAUCAUCAGGAACCUUCGGGAGUGGCUUGACGAGGAAGAAGAAAGUCAGCCCCCUGAAGAUGAAGAAGAGCAGCCACCAAAGCCUUCCCCAGCAACUCCCCCCGAACCCUACCCGGAACUAUCGCCGGAACCGUACGGCUAUUACCCGCCUCCCACGUCGCCAGUGCCCCCCAGUCCAGGUCCGUACUUCCAGCCCCACUGGCAGCAGCAGCAACAGCAGCAGCAGCAGCAGCAGCAACAACAACAACAACAGCAGCAUCCGUGGCCUAGGCGAGGCUUUCAUAAGCGGAAUGUGCAGGCAGGCGAGUUUAUGAUGUCUAAGUCCGACGAGUUUGACCUGGACUACAUCUGCCAGUCCCUCGAAAGCUCGCAUAGCGGGAUCGGCGAUACAGGGAGUUCCACAAUGGACAUUGCAGACAAUGACGAUAGCGUGGAUAAAAGUGAGAGCGAUAGCACGGACGAUACGGAGGGCGAUAUCGCGGACGAUAACGUCGGCGAUAGCGUGGACGAUAACAAGGGAGAUACCGCGGACGAUAACAAGGGAGAUACCGCGGACGAUAACAAGGGAGAUACCGCGGACGAUAAAAAGGAAGAUACCGCGGACGAUAACAAGGGAGAUACUGCGGACGAUAAAAAGGGAGAUACUGCGGACGAUAACAAGGGAGAUACCGCGGACGAUAACAAGGGAGAUACCGCGGACGAUAAAAAGGGAGAUACUGCGGACGAUAAAAAGGGAGAUACCGCGGACGAUAAGAAGGGAGAUACUGCGGGCAAUAACGCGGGCCAAUAACGAGACCGCAAUGACAAUUAAGUCAUCUGGACAUGAAGCUACAGCAGGGGUGGAAGGGCAAUACGGUUUCUCCUAAUGCCCAUGAAAAAGAUUUUAAUUUUUUGUUGGCUAUUUCUUGAUGAUCUUUUUACUCAAACCAAAGAAAUGGUUACACGGUUGUCUGUGUGCGGAAGCCGUUUUUGAAAGUCAUUAGCACGAAGUUUUCAAAAUAAAGUGCAGGAAAAAUUAA